GUCUGGCGCCGGGGGCUGCCAGGCACGGGGCGGUGUGAGCUGCGCCCGCUGAUGAAGGCUAACCUGGAGCCUGACUGAAUCGGCCUUCACCCUUUGCCUUCCCCUUCUCCUCCCAGAGCCCCCCGAGAGACUAGAAAGAUGGUGAAGAUUUUCGUGGGUAACCUGCCGGGUUCGUGCCCGGCGGCCGACCUGCGCGGCCUGUUCGAGGCCUACGGCCUGGUCAACGAGUGUGACGUGCUGGGCAGCUACGCCUUCGUGCACAUGGAGAAGGAGGCGGAGGCCAAGCGGGCCAUCUCGGAGCUGCGGGGCCGGCUAUUGCGGGGCUCCCCGCUGACGGUGGAGCUGGCGACGGCGCGGCUGCGGAACGCCACUAAGCUGUAUGUGGGCAACGUGGCGGAGGCGGCCACCACCCGGGAGCUGCAGGGGCUCUUCGAGCGCCACGGCCGGGUGGUCGAGUGCGACAUUGUCAAGAACUACGCGUUCGUGCACAUGGAGAAGGAGCGGCAGGCGCUGGACGCCAUCCGCGCCCUCAGCGGCACCGAGCUGGCCGGCCAGCGCAUCUACGUGCAGCUCUCCAAGUCCAACCCGGUGCGGGGGCCUGCCGCGGCGGCCGGCAUCCCGCCCGGCCCUUUCCUGCCCCCCGCAGAGGCGGGGUCCCCUUUCCUCUUACCUCCGCCCCCACCUCCGGGUUUCCCGACUCGCCGCCUCCCUUACCCGCCUCCGCCGCCCCCUCACCAUCCUCUCGCCCCCCGCUACUACCGUUACGACCCUUACGGGCGCCGCCUCUUGCCCCCGCCUCUCCCUCCUUUGCCUCCCCUGCCCCCUCCUCCUCCCCCUCCGCCCUACGCCCGGGACCCCCGCCGCGCCUUGCCCCCACCGCCUCUGCCUCCCCCUCCUUACCUGAGGGGUGCCCACCUCCGUUGUGGCCAGGACGGUGGUCACAUCAGCAACGGCUAUGGCAGCAAGAUUUGGGGAUAUUGAUUCAUGUUGUUUCAUUCCUGGGGGGUGGGGAGAUGUGCUGAGGGUAGGGAAUAGGAUGCAGGGAUGCCGAGAGAAGAGGCAAGGGUUUGUACAUUCCUCCAGUGUCUGCGUGGGUUUCCUUUGGGAGCUCUGGUUUCCUUCCACAGUCCAAAGAUGUGCAGGCUGGGUGGAUUGGCCAUGCUAAACUGUCCAUAAUGUUCUCCGAUGUGUAGAUCUGUUACAGGGAAAGGGCAAUGGGUCUGGGUGGGGUGCACUGAGAGUCGGUGUGGACUUUUGGGCCAAAGGCCCAGUUCUGACACUAGGGAUUCUGAUCUAUGGCGGCGGGGGGGGGGGGGU